AUGUACAAAUUCAUCUCCCUCGUCGCUCUUGCCGCCACUGCCAUGGCCCUCCCCGCCGACACCACCGUUGUCGAGGCCCGCUCCGACAUCCUCAACCCCAACGAGGCAUUCUGCGCAAACGCCGGCCUGUUCUACACCUCGUUCCAGUGCUGCGUCACCCGCGUCCUGGGCGGCGUCGUAUCCAUCGACUGCGAGCCCCCGAGCAACAUCCCGGGCUGGUGCGUAACCGCUGAAGACGUGUGCGAGGGGACCAUUGGAGGAAAGCCGCAGUGCUGCACUGUCCCUAUUGCUGGCGUCGGUCUUCUUUGCCAGGAUGUUCAUUCCUAA